AUGCGGAUCAAGAUGAGAGCCCGAAGCGCACGAAAAGGAGCGCACCAGAAAAAGAAAAAGAAGCACGCCGAAAUUCCAGUGGCAAUUCAGCUGAUCAUCCGUCGUCCAGCGAGAACAAGAAAGAAUCUUCCACCGAGUCAAGCCUUCCAUGUUGCACGGAAAUACUGCGAAAAAAUGACCACAGACAGGCCAGAGCGCUUGUUGCGGAAUACUCGCGACGAGGAAGUGGCAUGUGAGGGUAGCCACAAUAUGACGAAUGAGAAUGUGCGAAAGGCACUUAAUUUAAUCGUCCGAAGACAAGAAUCGAAAAAGCGACAAAGAGAAAAGCUUCUUGAAGAACGCAAAAAACUUCUGGAAAAGAAGAUGGAGGAAGAGUUGAGAGAAGAGGAAAAGAGACUGGAACUCGAAGAACAACAAGAAAAACUCGCACAUCAGAAAAAACUCGAGCAAAAAAAGAAUAGUGCUAGAAAGGAAGUACCCCAAAAAAAUAGCACAUCCAGCCGGAAAAAAUCGUCAUUCAGUGCCGUGAAAGGAUUAUUCCAUAGAAGGCAACUGUCAAAGAAGAAUAAGAGCAAGUAA